AAUCUACAGCUUUAAAGACUUUACUCUUUUGUUUAUACCUAGAUAUACAAAUUUAGAUUAAAUUAUAAUUACAAUAUUUUACAUAGUGAAGUGCUUGUUAUCUAUGAAAAGUCGUGUUGAGUUUAUUAUUGCUAAAUUAGGCCACGGACUAUAGAUAACUAUAAUUUGUGUAUCUAGUUUUUUUUAGUUUUAAUGAUGUGUAUAGUAUACUAAACAGGUUUUAAUAAAAACUUAGGCCUACUACUAUCAACGAUCAGUUAUUAUUUUUUUCUCAAGCACUGCGAUUAGUUUUUUUGGCAAAAAUAACAAAUAAUAAUGUCACCAAAAACUGUGAUCGUUACUGGUUUUGGACUGUUUCGUCAAUACACGGUGAAUGCAAGCUGGGAAAUAGCUAAAGUUUUACCUGAAACCGGCAUUGAUAAAGAACUGAACAUUAAUUUAGUCACUGUCGAAAUUCCGGUGUCCUAUAAUGAUGUGGAUGUGAUUGUUCCAAAGUUAUGGGCUGAUUAUAAUCCGAUACUUAUGGUCCACCUCGGUGUCUCUCACUACGCUAAAGCACUUACAAUUGAAACUGUUGCAAAUGGUCACAAUUAUUGCAAUGAAGAUAUCAAUGGUAUUUGUCCAGAAAAUACAUGUGUCGUUGAUACAAAAAUCGAGACGGGUCUAAGCAUAGACUUUUUUAAAGAAAAUGAUUUAUGUAUUUCUCAAAAUGCGGGAAGGUAUUUGUGUGAAUACAUUUACUUUAAAUCAUUAUCUAUCAAUAAAGAUCGAACAAUUUUCAUUCAUGUACCAGAAUUGGAUGAAGAUCAAACAGCUCAAAAACUUGCCGAAAAUCUUAAAUUUGUUAUCAAUAAAUUGUUAGAGCAGUUAAAAUAAUAAAACAUUAUUUUUACUAAUUAAUAAACAUGUAUUCAAUUUUUU